CGUACACUCACCUUCCUCGAAGAUUUUGUUCUUGUCCUAUUGCGACUGAAGGCAGAAUUGUUUGUACGUGAUCUUCCUGACAGGUUUGGAAUAAGCACAAGUCUUGUUUCACGUAUUUGCAUUACAUGGGUAAAUUUUCUUUCCAUGGAACUUCCUGGACUCUUUCCCUUCCCAUUACAAGAAUUAGUUAGAAAAAACAUGCCUCAAGAGUUUUCUGAAUAUCCUACCACAAGAAUUAUUUUGGAUUGCAGUGAAGUAUUUAUACAACGACCAUCUGCAAUGCUGGCACAAUCUGAAACUUGGUCAGAUUACAAACACCAUAACACAUGGAAAGUGUUGGUGGGUGUUACUCCAAAUGGUCAGGUGUCCUUUAUUUCAGACUUGUGGGGGGGACGAGUUUCAGACAAGCAAAUCACACGAGGAAGUGGUGUUCUCAAUCUAUUAGAGCCUGGUGACAAUGUCAUGGUUGACAGGGGCUUUGAUAUUUCAGAUAUUGUGUCAAAUGGCGUAAUAGUAAACAUGCCUCCUUUCUUGGCUGGAAGGGAUCAGAUGACUGGGGUAGAAACUCAGGAAACUAUGAGCAUAGCCUCUUUGCGCAUA